CGAACGUUCUUCCUCUCCCGUUCAAUAUGCCCUCUAUCAAUUUCCACGUCGAUGCCGCCCUCUUCGACAUGGAUGGAACGCUAGUCGAUUCUACUGCUGGCGUUGAAGGCGCUUGGGCUCUCUUUAAGGUCGCUUAUCCGACCCUAGACUUGCACGAUAUCUUGAGCUCUGCUCACGGUGUGCGGACAAUCGAGAACAUACGGAAACACUGUGGGAUCACAGAUCCAGACGAGCUGGCUCGCGAAGCUGAGCGCUUCGAGACCGCCAUCGUAACAUCCUCCACUGAAAACGGCCGAUCUGGAAUUGUUGUACUCCCCGGCGUCAUGGCCGCCAUGGACACGAUCGCGUCGAAGCGCUCUCUGCCGAACCCCGUCUGGGCCAUCUGCACAUCUGCAACAAGAGCGUACGCGAAUACGGCACUUCGACUUACCGGAGUUCCUGUUCCAGAUGUUUUUGUCACCUCGGAGGAUGUCACCCAAGGCAAACCCAAGCCCGAUCCGUACCUUCUCGGCGCAAAGCUGGUCGGUGUAAAGCCGGAAAACUGUGUUGUGUUCGAAGAUGCGCCCAACGGUGUUCGCAGUGGGCAGGCUGCGGGCUGUAAGACUAUAGGAUUCCUCACGUCACACACUUUGGAGCAGAUGCAAGCAGUCAAACCGGAUUUCCUGGUGAAAGACAUGUCGAAGAUCAAAUUCAAGCUAUCAGAGGGCGGUGGCCUCGACGUCACUGUAGAAAUAGAAGAUCUCUAGUCGUUAUCUAAUCCACACGUAGAUCGUAGAAAGAAUCGGUCCAUGCUUGAUGAUAAAGAUGUCGAAUUGGUAUCCACACUCUCCACCUUAGAGAGCUCUUAUUGAUAAUUACUGGAAAGAACGAAGGUGACUGGGCUUGGACGUACAGCCACAUCGUGCGAGCAUGUCAACCGUGCGGCCCGACUGCAGGUACUUAUUCAUCAAUUGACCCGUCGCUUUGCGCGCCCAACCUUCAAUACCCAAGAUGAGAAUGCCAGAUAUCUCAAUCGUCUCGAUAACGCUUCCGCUUCUUCUCGCCGGGCAUGGUUUCCGCAAGAAGUCGCUCUCCACGAGCGGUGCAUUGACCGCCCUCGUCGUCGGCUUCCUGAUGUUCGUCGGGAGCCUCAAGACUUGGGGCAUUUCUCUCAUCUUGUUUUACCUCAUCGGGAGCCGAGCGACGAAAUACAGGAAGCAGAAGAAACGGACUCUGGAGGCGGGCUACCAUGACGCAGGCUACCGAUCCGGCUGGCAGGUCCUCAGCAACUCAUUCAGCGCCCUCGUCGCGUGUUCUGCCUGGAACAUUCUGUUUGACCCACAAGGCGUGCAUGCCAGUAUCUUCCGUUUACUCACAGGCGACGCUGUGAGGAUCCCAUCCAGUAUUGUGCACCCGUAUUCGAGUGAAUGGUGUCCGGUGUCUGAAAAUAUCGGCCAAGGAUGGAGUCGGACCCUUGUUUUUGCCGCACUUGGUCACUUCGCAUGCUGUCUCGGGGACACGCUUGCGUCUGAAAUCGGGAUACUGGCCCCUUCACCACCGCGACUAAUCACGACUUGGAAGCCUGUUCCGCCCGGUACGAAUGGCGGAAUGUCGGUGAAUGGGACGAUCGCGUCUCUCGUGGGAGGAGUGAUCAUGGGAUUGGUGGCUAGUAUCUGCCUGGUCCUGGAGAAUCCGACAUGCAGGCAGACAUGGGAUGUCGUUGUCGGUGACGCUGUGUUUUGGGGUGCGAUCGCUGGCGCGUAUGGUAGCGCCAUCGAUUCGUUCCUUGGCGCGACGAUUCAAGCGACGAGGUACGAUGACGAGCGUAAGGUUGUGACUGAGGAUGCCGCUCAGGGGAAGACUAUCAACGGAUGGAAUGUCUUGUCCAAUAACCAGGUGAAUGUCGUCUCAUCACUCUGCUGCGCUGCCUUUCUCGGUCUGUACGCAUAG